AUGGCAAUCGCAAACCCCCCCUCGGAGUACACUACAUCUAAUCUCCCCCCCCACCUAUCCACGAAAACCCCAAACAACAAGCUAACCAACCCUGACACAGUAUGGGCCUCCCUAAUCACAAACAUGGAAUACAUCCCAGGCCUCCUUACCCUCCACCACUCCCUCUACAACCCUAAACCAGACCCACGCGCCGAGUCCAACAACAACCAAUCCCUCCCCUCCACCUCAUCGCGCUACCCAUUCGUCGCAUUCUACACCUCCACAUUUCCUCCCGAAGGCCUCAAAGCCCUCCAAUCCCGCGGUAUAAGCGCCCAAUUGGUCCCAUCUGUUACGCCAGCCAGCACAAAAACAUAUACCCAGGACCCGCGGUUCUCGGAAACAUGGAAUAAGCUCGUCGCCUUCAGUUUGACGGAAUACGAGCGAGUCGUCUUGCUAGACGGUGACAUCUUGGUUCGACGAAAUAUGGACGAAUUGAUGGAAAUUGAACUUGGUGAGGGUGAAAGGGUCUUUGCGGCAUCGCAUGCUUGUGCGUGUAAUCCUAUGAAGAAACCGCAUUACCCAGAGACAUGGGUCCCGACCAACUGCGCCUUCACAACCCAACACGCAAACCCCACCCUCGCCCAAAGAACCGGCGCACCCAGCAACGCCGGCGUCGCCAUGCUAAACAGCGGCGUCCUAGUUAUCCACCCAUCUGCAAAAAUCUUCAAAGAAAUAACAACUGCCCUCCAAGACGCGGAAAAGACAUCCAAAUACGACUUUCCGGACCAAGAACUUCUCUCCGAGGUAUUUCGGGAUCGAUGGGUCACGUUACCGUACGUUUACAAUGCGCUCAAGACGCUUCGGUGGGAGAGUGUUCAUGGAACGAUUUGGAGGGAUGAGGAGGUUAAAGCUGUGCAUUAUAUUUUUGCCAAGAAGCCGUGGCAUGAGGACGUUGAGGACUCGGGGAAUUUGGAUGGGCUGGGUUUGGAUGAGCCGGGGGUUUGGUGGUGGAGGGCUAAUUUUGAGAGGAGGGGGUUGGAGGUUGAUAGGGGGAUUGAGGAUGGGAUUUGA